AUGGUCAACUGCAAUGGUGUCGUGGUGAGCUCGCCCCGCAGCUCCGUGACGCAGGAGAUCUGUCGCUACUGCAGAACGGUGCGUACUCUGCCGCCCGUUGAUCUGCGUCGCCGGCGCCACACUUCGGCCAUUGCCCCCACUGCGCGUACGUGCGAUGUCACGCGUCCCGGGAGGGGCUUGAGCGCCCGGCAGCUUCAGAGAGCGCACUCCACGGACGAGUACAUGAUCGCCAGGCGUCAGGCCAACGCGACGGAACUGCACGCCUCCAACCGGCCCUUGUACAUGUGCGAUUUCACCCGAACGACCCCGCGGUUGGCCAUCCAUGACGCCACAGCCACCGAUCGGAAGUCGCGGUCGUACGCUCUACCCGGUGCGAAGCCUAGCCUGGACUUGUCGGAGGAGCCCAAUGAGCUGGAACUGUCGACUGUGGACCUGCGGAAGGCCAAGUACAAGGCGAGUUUACCCGCGCCACGGAAGCACGGACGACGCGUCUCAGCGGCUGACCCGGUUAACAGUGCGCUGACUCCGGUCUCCGUUGAGCACCUCGCUGAGAUCGACAGGACCGGGAAACUGGAGCUGGAACACCUUGAUUCCCCUGCUAAGGAGACCAGGAAGCGGCCGGAGCAGCCGCGCAGCAGUCGCCGCGCUGAGCCCAUCGACUUCCACCUCUCGACGGUGGACCUUCGACCGCGCCCGAGACGACACACCACACCCGAUGCACCACAGAAACUAGGAGGCUCGAACCAAGAGCCCAUUCAAGAGCGACGCGGGGAGUGUCCACCCUUCCAACGGCAGAAGAGUGAGCCCAUCGACUUUCACUUAUCCAGGUUCGGACUGAUGCCUCGCAGACACACGACGGAUGCCAGGCCCGAGACUAACCGGCCUGAAGUUGGCCACCGCCAGUCUCGUAGCAAGAAGAUGGAGACGGUUCCCGCCACUCGGGAACCGACGACUCCGACCAACUCCAAGAACAAACUGUGCGAUCUGGCCUACUUGGAGAACUUCCGGUCGUACACGGUGUAG